AGUGGAACUGGAUGGGCUUUAAGGUCCCUUCCAACCCAAAAUGUUCUAUGAGUCUAUGAUUUUGUGCAGCAUUUGCUCUGUAGGGGAAAACCACGGGGUGAAGCUGCCUGAUGGCAUUUUCCCCUCUUUAGAUAAGGAACCCAAGGCAGGACUUUGUCCCCUGGGGUUCUCACUCGAUGCAUCUGUUGGCAUUUCACAACCCGCUGGGCUCCAGUGCCAGCCCCACGCCCAGGCCCGCAGCCUUCGCCAGCAGCGCAGCCACGGGAGAGCCGCGACGGGGGAAGGAGCAGUGCUGAGCAGCCAUGGAGAAGAGGAUGCAGGAGGUGGUUGGGAAGGCGAGAGCCGCCUUCAACUCGGGCCGGUCCCGCCCGCUGGAGUUCAGGAUGCGGCAGCUGAAGGCCCUGGAGCGGAUGGUGCAGGAGAAGGAGAAGGAGAUCCUGGCAGCCCUCAAGGCGGAUCUGCACAAGUGUGGCCCCAACGCGUAUAGCCAUGAGAUCCUGAGCGUGCUGGGAGAGCUGGCCUUGGCCAUGGACAAGCUGCCGUCCUGGGCAGCCCCUCAGCCUGUGAAGAAGAACCUGCUGACCAUGCGGGACGAGGCAUUCAUCCAUUUUGAACCACUGGGAGUGGUGCUGGUCAUCGGGGCCUGGAACUACCCCUUCGUCCUGAUCAUGCAGCCGUUGAUCGGGGCCAUCACAGCUGGCAAUGCUGUGGUGGUGAAGCCAUCGGAGAUCAGCGAGAACACGGCUCAGCUGGUGGCUGAUCUCCUCCCUCAGUACAUUGACCGGGAGCUGUACCCUGUGGUCACCGGAGGAGUUACCGAGACGACAGAGCUGCUGAAGCAGAGAUUUGAUCACAUCCUCUACACCGGCAACUCCACAGUGGGCAAAAUCGUGAUGGCAGCAGCAGCCAAGCACCUGACGCCCGUCACCCUGGAGCUGGGCGGGAAGAGCCCCUGCUACAUCGACAGGGACUGUGACCUGGCCGUCGCCUGCAGGCGGAUAACGUGGGGGAAGUACAUGAACUGUGGACAGACCUGCAUUGCGCCAGACUACAUCCUCUGUGACCCGUCCAUCCAGAGCCAGGUGGUGGACAACAUCAAGGCUACUCUGCAGGAAUUCUAUGGGGAAGACGUGAAGUCAUCUCCAGAUUACGAGAGGAUUGUCAACAAGCGUCACUUCAAGAGGAUCCUGGGCCUACUGGAAGGGCAGAAGAUUGCUCAUGGGGGAGAGACUGAUGAGGCCUCCUGCUUCAUAGCACCAACUAUCCUCACUGAUGUUUCUCCGGAGUCAAAGGUAAUGGAGGAGGAGAUCUUUGGACCGGUCCUUCCCAUUCUGACCGUGAAGAGCGUAGAUGAAGCUAUUGACUUUAUCAACAGUCGGGAGAAGCCUCUGGCCCUGUAUGUGUUCUCCAACAACAAGAAGUUAAUCAAGAGAGUCAUCUCUCAAACCUCCAGUGGGGGUUUUACUGGAAAUGAUGUUAUCAUGCAUUUCUUCCUCUCAACUUUACCCUUUGGUGGUGUCGGUAACAGCGGGAUGGGCGCCUACCACGGCAAGCACAGUUUUGAGACCUUCUCCCACCGCCGCUCCUGCUUGAUCAAGGACCUGAAGAUGGAGGGUACGAACAAACUCCGGUACCCACCUGCCAGCCAGAAGAAGGUGGAUUGGGCCAAGUUCUUCCUCUUGAAGCAGUUUAACAAGGGCCAAAUCGGACUGGCCUUCUUGGCCCUGCUGGGGAUUGUGGCAGCGGUGGUGAUGAAGAAUCACCAGUCUGUGCUGAAGAGAAAAGCCCUGUUGAUUGUGCUGGCUGUUCAGAGGCUGGGCCGGCUCAGUGUGUGGUAAGGAGGAGCAGGUUUCAGAGCACUGCUGUGGCUGUCACAGUGAGAUCGUUUACUACUGAAGAGAGGAGAAGGCGCCAUGUGCAAGUCGUACUCCGAGUGCUCGCUUUGUGUCUGUUUCCUUAAGCUGAGAAGUCAUUUAUUUUCUUCUGUCUGGGGUUGUUUCAGUGAGCUGUGAGCACACGGAGUAGCCUUGGAGAGGCACUAACCAAGAGAAGGCUCGGACUCCUGUUUACUAAAAAAACAUACCGAAACAGAGGGAUCAGAAGGUACAAGCUCUCAAAAGGAGGACUGCAGAGCAAGAAAUACCAGUCCCUACCUCCACCUCAUGCCUUGCAGAGCCUUGCUUCCAGGGACACACACAGUGUCUUGCUUCAAACCGCUUACCUUCCUUCAGUGAGUAAAAGGAGUGUAAGUCCAGCUGUGAUUGGGUUACAGUGCUUUCCCUGCAGUUUUCACCAUGGUCUGUGUUCUCUUAUGCUCUGAACAACCACCCUCUUGGUGACAGAUCUGAGACAGACUGUGCUGCCUGAUGGUUUUCACCGAUAGUGGUGGUUAUGAGUAAACCUAGUGAGGUUCCCACCUGCUGUUUAAUUGAGAUGAAAUAUUUAUGGGUCUCCCCAAAGCGGGAUGGUCUGCAGCUGCUCAGGAGGUGCAGGCUGAUGCCCUUUGAGAGGCUCUGGAUUUCAUCAUGUCUGUAGGAAUUAUUUGACAGUUAGAAAAUAGUGACGGUGUUACCUGCCCCGCCUGUGUUUUGCUGAUAAGAAGAGUAUCUUAUGCUCGUGCAAAAGAACUUUCAGGACUGUUUAGAGAAGUGGGAAUCACAAGUACCCUCUGGUGGGUUCACCUACACUGAGCCCUUCGUGGCCACUCACUGCCCCCGUGGGGUGAGGAGGAUGAUCGGAAGGGUGAAAGUGAGAAAACUUGUAGGUUGUGAUAAAGACAGUUAAUAGGUAAAGUGAAAGCGGCGUGUGCAAACCAAGCAAAUUAAGGAAUCCAUUCGCUACUUCCCUUGGCAGGCAGGGGUUCAGCCAUCCCUGGGAAAGCAGGGCUUCGUCACAUGUAGCAGUGUCUUGAGAAGACAGAUGCCAGACUCCAAAUGGUCCCCCCGCCUUCCUCUUCUUCCCCUUCUUCCCUCCAGCUUUUAUCACGGAGCACAAACAACAUUGUAGGGUCUGGAAUCUCCCUUUGGUCAGUUGGAGUCAGUUGGGCAAGAGAGACCCUAAUGUUUUACAGGCACUGUUUGGUGACAGCUAAACCAUGGCUGUGCUCCCAAUGCUGUUUUGAUCACAAUCCAAAGCACAGCAUCAUCCUACGAUGAAGAAACUUAGCACCUAUGAUGAAAAUUAACUCCAUCCCAGCCAAAACCACUACAAACCUGUUCCCGGACAGAUUCCUCCAAGGGAAAACAGUUCCUAAAAGAGUGUGUACUCCUUUGUGUUCAGGCUUCUGGGUCUGCUAUAGCCUUGCGCUGAGAGAUAAUAAGGGGCUUGUUCUAGCUUGGGGAGAGGUUGCUGGAGAAAUUUAAGGUGAAAGGACCAUAGAAAUACUGUUUAAAUAAAGAAAAUUUAAAAACUAUUAUUAAAAUGCAAUUAAUAUAGAGUAGAAAACUAUAUUUACUGUGCAAUAAGUGGGAUUUGUUCAUGUCUGGUGAAAAUUCAUGUGCUAAGCCUUUUUAAUGAUCUAUUUUGCAAGUACUAAAUAAACACUGAGAAUUUAAAUAAUAAUCUGAGCGUAGUUAAGUCCCUGCAGUCUCCCAGGGAGUCCUGCCCAUCCUCUGCCGCUCCCACCUCUCACCACAGCCUGGCCAAACAUCACAGCUGCAUUGCAAGGUGCCUCUGCCCCGGCACACGGGUCCCCAGCGUGAUGAUGUCAAGCAGGAUGAAGUCCUGCUCGUAGGGAAGGAUCUUAGGAGUUGUGGCUGAGGGACUUGGCGUUGCUUAACCCUGAGGAAGCUGAGGGGAGACCUUAUCACUGUUUACAACUGCCUGAAAAGAGGUUGUAGCAAGGUGGGUGUUGGUGUCUUCUCCCAAGUGAUGAUGAUGGAGAUAGAAAUGGCCUCAAGUUAUGCCAAGGGAGAUUCAGAUUGGACGUUCAGAAAAAUUUCUUCACCGGAAAGCGUCUCAGGCACUGGCAGAGGCUGCGCAGGGAGCUGGUUGAGUCCCCAUCCCUGGUGCGGUUUAAAAGAUGGGAAGGUGAAGUGCUCAGGGAUGUGAUUUAGUAGUGGACGGGUACGAUUGGGCUUGAUGAUCUCAAAGGUCUUUUCCAGCCUAACAAUUCUAUGAUCCCCCAGAGCUCCGGCAGAAGAGGCUGCCCAAGGGAGCCUGGAGCCAGGCAGGGUGUGGGCUGAGGCGGUGCCGGGAGCUGUGGAGGCGCUGGACUGUUUCUCCUGUCUUGGGCAAAUCCAUCCCCAGGCUGCCUCCCACGUGCAGGCGCUACCAGCCUGGGGUUUGUUCAGAUCCGGACAAGAGCGUGGGCUGUGUUUGUUGGCUCCCAGCGGUGGCCGUGAUGUGUUGCGGCCGUGAAGAGCAUAGAUGAAGCUAUUGACUUUAUCAACAGUCGGGAGAAGCCUCUGGCCCUGUAUGUGUUCUCCAACAACAAGAAGGUGGGUCUGGGCUGUGCUGCGCUGUGGAAGUGUCCUGAACGUGGCUGGUGCAAGGCACAGCUCUCUACAGGGUCCUUGUUUGCUCCCCUUUGCAUGUGAAUCACAGCAUUUGGCUCUCGGGGGACCAUGAUUUGCCCCACAGCUGCUGGAGGGUCCUGGUCUCCUGCUGAAGGUCUCUGGGGUCACACAUCUCCCUGUGCACCUCAGCUGGCCAUCCCGUGCUGGUGGAUGCUGGUUACCUGCCUGUUUCUUCACGGCUCUCUUGUGCCAGCUCAGGAAUUUAGGUCAGGGUCACCUUUGCCCUUACACAAUGGCUCUGGGUGUUUCAGGUGGGAGGGCUGAGGAGCACCCCAGGUGUGGUUUGAUGAAUUGCUGUCUCUAACCCGUCCUGCUCUGGUGAAGCCUUUUCAUGUUGUGGUUGUCCCAGCUGAGCGGAUUUUGUGAUUUAAGUAAUGCAACCCUCAACCUGUCUGACUAAACAAGGCACGGCCUGUCCCCCACUCAACAACAACAGGGGAUGUGAGUGGCACCCACUCAACAUCCAGGUGAGGAUGGAUUGGGUCAAGUUCUUCCUCUUGAAGCAGUUUAAGAAGGGUCGAGUGGGGCUGGUCAUCUUGGCCCUGCUGGGGAUUGUGGCAGUGCUGGUGGCAAAGGUGAGCUUUGGGUCUCUGCUCUCCACAUUGAGUGUGCGCUCCCAUCUCUGUCCCUCGAGCCCCACCGGGUCUCAGCCUCCAUCACCCCAUUGUCUUGGGCUCUGCUCCCUUCUGGUGGGACUCAGCCUCAUUUCUGUCCCUCUCACGAGAGGGGUGACCGGCAACCAGCACCACACCGGACCUGUAUCUCGUUCCCUGCACUCCUAGUGCUGAACUACUUUUUGCUGCAAUUUCUUCUCUUCCAAGGCAGCAAAUGCACUGAAGAGUCAGAAGGAAACGAAACUUAUCUAGAGCAGAGAAGCCCCAAGCUGAAGGCUCCACCUUCUGCUGAAACACAGGAAUCGAAUCAGCCCUUCCCUGUUGGUGGUGCCUCAGCAGGGAGCGGUGGCUGAUAGGAGGAGGCAGCAUCUGCUCUGCUUUGCCAACAGGAGCUAUCUAAAAGCUCUUGGAAGCAGGAAAAUUGAUCGUCACAAGGGUAUCAAAACAAAGUCAGUGAUUACUGAGCCUCUUAUCUAUGUAACAUCUUGGUGAUCCCCACAGAAAGCUGUCUCCCACAUAGUGGGAGGUGUCCCUGCCCAUGGCAGGGGAGUUGGAACUGGAUGAUCUUUAAAGUCCCUUCCAAGCCAAACCAUUCUAUACCAACAAUAACCCUAAGAAAAGGUGGGUCUUGCUGCUGGGAACAGUCCAGGCUGGUUGUCCCCCGCAGCCACUAAAAACCUGCAAUAUCCCACGCUUGAAAGGACUCACAACUGACCCAUUGAUGUCUUAUUGCAGGGGACACUACCUUUAGCCACUCGAGGUGUGCAAAGGCUGCCUGAGGUGACGGCAAAGGCUUUCUGAGCUGUGGCCACGCUGCCCCAAGGACUUGAGGAGAGCCAAAGGCC